AUGGCGGCCACGGGGCGGCUGGAGGACCUGGAGCUCAGCUCCGAGGAGGCAGAGCGGCUCCAGCGGGCUUUUCGCGAUGAGAAGUUUCGGGCGCUCUUCGCCGAGUACGCGGCGGAGCUGGCCGACCCGGAGCAGCGGCGGUUGUACGAGGAGGAGGUGGCGGCUCUGGAGCGGGAACGCGGCAUGGAGGUGCGCUUCGUUCACCCCGCAGCGGGCUACGUACUGCGAACCAGCCAGGCCGGCUCCCGCCGCUGCUACCUCAACGUCUGCAGCAACCCGCACGUCGGGGCGCCUCAGGCUCGCCCCGAGCCCGGCGGCCACCGCUGGGCCCUGCCCUACAGCUUGGCGCCGGGCCGUGAGGAGCUGGGUCGCGGCGGCCAACGCCGCCUGAUCUACGACGUGGUUUUCCACCCGGCCGCUCUCCGCCUGGCUGCCCGCAGCGCCGGCUUCCGCCGCUUGCUCAGCGACACGGCGCUGGAGGCCGUGGAACGCCAUUGCUCCGUGCAGCUCGACCGCGCCAACGCCACCGUCCUCCGCGGCACCAAGUAUAAGGGUGUCCCGCAGGCCCCCAUCAUCCGCACCCCCCUGCCCGGCGGUGCUCCGCCACCGCCCGCUGACGGUGACUCCCUGCUGCCGCCCUUCCCUUUUCCGCCCACAACUCCACCCCCGCCCGCCACCGCCCCCUCGGUGGCCCAGCCCUCCGGUCCCACCACGCCGCGCUGGAGCAUCCGGCACCGCUCCUAUGUUGACCUGCAAGACUACCGGUACUGCCGCGACUCUGCGCCCAGCCCGGUGCCGAGGGAGCUGGUGGUGACGGUGGAGCUGCCGCUACUCCGUUCUGCCGCUGAAGCUACACUGGAGAUCCGCGACCGAGAGCUACGCCUCGACUCGCAGCGUCCCGCCUACCGCCUGCGUCUCCGCCUCCCUUACGACGUGGACGAGAACGGCGGGCGGGCUUCCUUCAACAAAGUGCAGCGGCAGCUUCUGGUCACGCUGCCCGUGGUGCGGCGGCCCGCCCCUCCGGAAGUGCUAGGACCGGGUGAACCGCUGGAGGAGGCCGAGCCCGGUGCGGAGGGGCUGGGCAGGGAGCCGUUGGAGGAGGCUGAGCUCCGUGCAGAGGGGCCGGGCGAACCGGCGGCGGCUGAGGCAGGCUGUGAAGUGGCUCUUCCCAUGGGUCCUAUUGGCGACGGGGAGUCCGACGAGCCAUCCCCGGCUGGGGACCCGCCAUCGCCCCUUUCUGGCGCCGCUUUCCGUGGCCCCGAGGAGGCCUCUCCCAGCGGGGAACCCCCUCUGUGCACUGUCGAGAGCCCGGACCCCGGUGACACGAAUUUUCCCCGGGGCUCUGGCAGCGCUGAGGCCGCCACGUGCCCGCCCUUCCAGUGCCGGCAGGAUGAGGCCUCUCUCCUCCUGCUCCUGCAUGUGCCUGGCAUCCAGGCCCAGAGCCUCAAUGGGCAAGUGGGCACGAACCACUACAGCCUCUGCUUCUCCAGUGACACUGGUGCCUAUGCCCUCUUCUUACAGUUCCCUCCCCCAAACAUGCUGGUGUCCCCCGAGACCAGCGUUAAUGUGUCUGCUCACAAUGCUGCCAUCGGGCUCACCAAGGCCCCGGGCAACACCGGGCCCUGGGAGAAGUUCUACUUCGGCCUUGAUGCCUCCACUUUACAGGAAAGACUGUUUGUCAGCGAAGAAAACAUCGAUGGAUUUCUAGACACUGUGCUGUGCCCUUCCUUUUGCUCCCAAUCAGCACUGGAAAGUCAGCCGUUAAUUGAAGCCCUUGAUUUUACUGAGGACAGGAUUCAAAUCAGGUUGAAGCCGCAGGAAGCAGCCCACUCUGACCAGGAUGGAACAGGAACAACACUCAGCUCAGGAGGAGAUCCUGCUGAAGAGCCAAACAGCAAGUGCCCCCAGACAAAGGUAGAAACAAAUUGUACCACAGCUGAGACAGGCAAAGGAGAACAUGCUGCAGGAAUCAGCACCAUUUCCACGCCUUCUGCAGCAGCUGAAACAAUGGGAAAAGUAGGUUGUAGUUCACACCAUUGUUUGCAGCGUGAAGCUUCUGACAUGCGUUCAGCAACUCCUGACCAGUCUACGAGAGAGGAACCAGAUUUAAAUGGUGCUGUGGAAGUGGGUGAAGCUGUGGUGGCCACAGGUCCUGACAACCAAGCAGGAGGGCAGGUAGAAGGGGAUGGGGAUAGAGAUGGAGAGGCUGCACCCUCAGGAUUAACACAGGGGAAUCAGCACAACCGAGCAUCCUCCCCAGCCUUGCGAGAGGUCAACACAGAGGAUGGGAGCGUGCAGGUCGUUAGGGUCCAUGCAAGGCGCUGCCCAUUCAUGUUUCAGAAUGAUUUCCUGUAUGAUUUGGACUAG